AUGCUUUUGUUGUUCAUCAGGAAAAGCAUCAUCUUGUUAAGGCCAGAAAAGGCAUCUACAUCUCAAAGUGAAACAAGCAUUGAGGAGCACCUUCAAGACAUCGCUGGAAGUGCUCAGCCCUAUCACCUGGCUGUUGAAACCAAGAAUUCAGUUCACCAGUUCUUCAUUCUUGAUCAACAUGUCAUUCCAUGUGUAAAGGUCAUUGGUCAUGAUACAGCAGUCAUAUAUGGAGAGAACGCCACUUUGUUGUGCCAGCUGACUGACACUGAUGAUAGUUUAACUCGUAUUAUAUGGAAGAAAAAGACACAAGAACACCCUGAAGAGAAGAUCUUCUUUGGUAUUCGUCCAGGUAACAAAAUUGAUGAGCCAAAUGGAUUGAGAGGCAGAGUACAAUUUAUUGGGAACUUUGAAGAGAAAAAUGGAUCAAUUCAGCUGCUCAGAAUGAGACUUCUGGAUGAUGGGAUCUACACAUGUGUUUUCAAUCUAUUUCCCAGUGGGUCAUAUGAGACUGACAUCAAUGCCACAGUUUUGGUUCGUCCUGUGGUUAAUGUGAAAGGGGAGGAGCCUAUUGCUGGUUAUUUAAAGGCAACAUUAGCGUCAUGCUUGGCCUCUAAUGCAUGGCCUGCAGCAGAAGUGAUGUGGAGAUUAGGAGAUCUGGAAAACUCUCUGAGGACUGAAACCAAUCAUACAGUGCACCCCAAUGGGACCAUUACUGUUGUGUCCUACCUGCUUGGUGUCCCAUUCACACAUUUAAACGAAAAGUACGUCCAGUGUGUGGUGAAACACAACACCCUAAGAGAAGACCUUGUACUGAACUACACAAUAAACAUCCACUAUCCUCCAGGGUCAGUGGUUAUAAUUCCUGACAGUCCAACAAAUGCUAAAGAAUUCCAGUGUAAAGUGGAUAGUAACCCAGAACCAACCAACUAUACCUGGACUAGAGUGAAUAAAAGUGUUCCCUAUUAUGAAGGCAACAAACUUCCUGUCCCAAAACUGUCCCCUGACUUGAAUGGCUUGUACAUCUGUCAAGCUUCAAACCAGUAUGGAAGCUCUUCAGGUUCUCUUUAUGUGAAUGUUCAUAUUGAAUCCAGCACCGUCUGUUGGGGUCUAUUUGGUUUUUUCAUCAUCUUUGCUCUUCUUGUUGCAGUUGCUGGUGUUGUGAUACUCAAAAUCAAGCCGGAAUGGAUUCUGGUAUCACAGCGUUCCAAUGAUGAAGGAGCACAGGACGGUGGAGGACUCUAAACAAGAUGGGAAGAUGGCUGUGAUGAUCAACAGGAAUGGAGAGCUUUCAGAUUAAAGACAGUGACAGCUGUGUGCAGGCCAACGCUUCAGUCAUGAACUGGAUGUCUCAAAUCGCCGGAUGUGCCUUUUUAAAGAAGAAUAACGUUUUUAAGGACUGGUAAGGGGAGGAUUUAGAGUGAAAUCACUACAGAGGUUUUUUGUAGCUUCUGUUUUCAGCUAACAUGAUGGGAGAUCACGUACUGUAGAUCACACUAGACUCUGUUUAAUAGUUUAUUAGUUUUCAGGUACAGAAAUAAAGUAAAUGUAAAAUAGUACUGAAAACGGAUGCUAUAAACUUAAUAAAACAUCAGUAAACUUUUGGUCAUCAAGCGGAUGGGGUCUGCUACACUAAUGAAAGAAGUUUUUGUCUUUUGUUAUUUGAUUAGCAUUAAAGGGCAGACAGCAGCGCUAGGAUUAUGCAACAAUAUUAUACAGCUCAGUACCUUCAGCAGUUAAUUAAUAAACCAUCAGUUUGUUAUAUCGGCCUUUUUUCUGCUAAAGCCGAUAUGCCGAUGGUUGUAAAUUGAGAAAAAAUCAGCCGAUAAAUAUCGGUGCAUCCCAUUAAGUAGAAGUAGUGUGCAUUUUUUAAGCUGCAAAAGUCCAUUCUGAAAACAGUAUAAUUUUUUAAGCAUUCCGUACAGCUUCCUGACAUCUAUAAAGCUUGACUCAGAUGGGGAUGAAUUGCAUUCAUAUUGUGUUCUCUGUAUCUGCAUUGUUUUAGCACCUGAUUAAUAGAAAAUUAGAGCAAAGCACAAUAUGCAUAGCGCAGUUUCCCAUUUUGCACGCCUGGUCUGCUUGUUAGGUGGUGGAAGAUUAGGCAGAUCUGGCAAGUAUUACUUGUGCUGUACAACAUCACUCAUUCAUGUGUCAGAAUCAGUUCUUUAAACUGCUGAAAGUGUGCUUGAUUACAUACCACAUAUAGACAUAAUUCGUCCUCUUGGAAUUAUAAUGUUCUAUCUGACAUUUUUUGUCAAAAUUGAGUUAUUCACAUACUCUUAUUCUGUGACAACUUAUUUAUAUUAUGUAAUGUUUUUGUUAAUUUUGAGUACAUUUAAGGAUUUUAUUUAGAAAGAAAAAGGUUCUGUCUACAAAGUCGAAUGGAAUGCAAAAACUUUGAAGCUCAAUAUCUCAACACUGCUCAGAAUGCAGAACCUUGUAAUGCCAAGGGGAUGAUAUGUCCUGUUAGUGAGUGAACCGUCAGCACAAAAAGAAAGAGCAGGAUAUCCUAUAUCACAGAUGUCUUUUAAAAAAGCGGGGGGAGGGAUGGGCGCGGUUUAGUGCUGAGUUACCGCAGACAGGUGUUGUCACUGGUGUUGACUUUUAAACUAACUUUCUUUGAGUUCUCACUUUGACACUUGAGUGAUAAACAAUGGCAUAUUUUGAAAACACUUGCAAAAUGUCAUCAGUUUUUGAUGAUAGCAGAUGGUAUAUAUGAGUAGUUCCCAUUCUUGUUCAUGGAAACUCCCGAAAAGUACAGUACAUAUCCAUUUCAGAGGUUUUGGACAUGUUGGAUCAGGGUUAGAACUGAAUUCUGAAUGCAGGUAUAGCUCUGGUUUAAAUAGUCAUGCUUUAUGGAUUUACUGUUAGCUGGUGUGAAGAUACCCAUGUUUUAGCUGGAAAAUUCACAAUUUUAACUGCAGGUAGCAUAUCCUGAGCUAACUGCACAAACUGUCAGAACACUGCCUCACUGCAGCACGGGUUUUCAGAGAUUUCUCUCACUCUUUCUGCACUGAAUAAUUUCAUGUUAAUGGAAAUCAUUCAAUUCCAUUUUCUCAAUUAAACUUAAGCUUGACUGCAUUAGUCAAGCUUUACCACAAAACUUAAGCAAAUUUUUUUUUUUUUUUUUUUUAAGUGGUUUCUCUGUGUUUUUCUCUUCUCUCUGUCAGCUUGCUACUCAGCAUUUUCUUUGCUGAUGGUAAGCUUUGGCCUUUUGACUACAAUGCAUAUAGAAGCACAUUUUUUAACUCUGCAAGCCUUAGCCUAGCUAUGUAUACCUGGUUUAUGUACAUUACCUUUAGGUUUAUUUAACUAAUGUGUGCCUAUACCAAUUGUGUGCGCAUGAACUGAUUUGGCACUAGUUAAAUAAGCUUCCUGGUCCAGGUAGCCUAUGCAUUAUGAUUCAGGACACUAGUUAUGCCUCAGUUGAUCUGGCCCAGGCAUACAUAGCUAGUCAUCAUGUGCUUAUCAUGGCUCUUCAAAACAGCUGUAAUGCAAAAGUCUUGGGGACUUAUGUUGUGUUUUUGUGCAGUUUCAAUGUUUUGUUUUGUUUUUUUAUCUGUCUGUGCAGCUUUUAUAUGCUCCCCACAGCAUGUCUUUGUACAGCCAUGUGUACUUUGUGCUUUCUCUGCAGCCGCAGUGUAAGAUCUUGAACAUUUUGCAUUUUUUUUCUAAACCUUUUUCUUUUUUACCAAACUGCUUGGACCACAAUAAUUUAUAGUUUUAUAUUUAUAAUUACCAUUUAAUAUUCAACCAAAAUGUAUUUGAGAAUUUAACCCACAUUAAAAAGGUAUCCAUUUAAUUAACAAGAUAACUAAAAUGGAUAAGAAAAUGGAUGUUUUCUUAGAACUUUAUAAAAAAUGUUUAAAAAAAAAAAAAAAAAAAAUAACAGUGGUAAACUGAUCCACCAUUGACUGAAAAAAUUCAGUCAUUUUUAAGUGACAUUUUAUGUCACUUAAAACUGUAGUUUGCUCCAUUGGGUAGCCACUUGCUUUGUGAGACAGGCCUCUUGUGUCAAGGUGAUUUAAUAUGAAGUCCAAAAAAUGCAAAGGCUUGAAAAAAUGGUGCUAUAAAAACUUUUAUUUAUUUGUAUUUAAAUUGCUGAGAUGAGAAGAACAUUAAUAUUUUGUUUGUAACAAUGUGUAGCCUACAUUUUGUAGUAAUUUCUACAUUCUAAAAAAAAUGCAUGGAAAAGUCAGUACACCCCUUCAUUUAUUUCUACCUCAGGUGCAUAUUAGAAUAUCAUUAAAGAGGAAGACCACACCUUAUAUAAGCAUCAACGACCUGGUCGCGUUUGCUCGUAAGCUCUGAGAUACAUAGAUACAGGAAGCAACUGCUUAUCAACUUAAGAUAAUAAGUAAUCACGAGGAGAGAAAGUGUCCCUCAUACUAGCGGAAGAAUGAGUCCUUAUAACAUUAACGUCAUAUGGCAGCUACUAAACAGCAAUAAAAUUAUUCAUGAAGAAAUAUUUCAAGAAAUUUCAGCAUAAAACAUUGAAAAAAUACAUUGUAAAUAUAAACUACUGCAUUAAAAUGUAGAAUGAAUGUAGAAAUGUUGCUGAAGAUUAUUUAUCUUAUGACCAGGGGAGGACUGGCCAUCGGAAGAACCGGGAGAAAUCCUGGUGGCCUGGCAAAUGAUUUGGCCCACUGCCCUGUAUAUUUAUUCGAGCUAAGGCAGACAACUACACAACUCUAAAAUUAUGUUUUUUAUACAAAUAAUAAUAAAAAUGGUUACUAUAGUUAAACCAUGGUAACCACAAAUUUUCAAUGUUUUUUCUAGAUAUUUUCAUUAUGUAGUUGUUGUUAUUAUUAUACUAUUUUUAACAUUUAGGCAAUUUAGAAAAUAUAGUUUAGUUAAAUCUUGAGUAUUUAAGUCAUUUUAAGAUAAAACAAUAACACAUAAUGCCAUAAUGUAAUACUUUAAAUUUAACUAAAAUAAAUUUACAUUGUGCAAAAAAAUUACAAUGAGGUGGUUGUUUUGCAGGAAGUUGGAGACGUGUUGAUGAAAAAGUGACCGGUACAAGAAAAUUAGUGAAUAAAGUAAGCAUACACACACACACACAAGUGAGAGACAGAAAGAUAUCAGGGAAAAUGAAAAGAAUGAAAAGGAAAAUAGAAGUGAAGGUGCAGUUCAAGAAAGAAACUUUAAUUAUUUAGCAUGGUCCCAGCCUAAGGAUUUAAACCUUUUUUAUGUUAUGGCAUGCAAAAAAAUAGGGUUCUUCAUGGUUUCAAAAUUUGUUGUGGGUGUGUGGGAUGGUCUGGAUGAGUGUGAGAUUUCCCAGUCUGAAUUUUUGUCCCAGUCCACCCCUACUCAUUUGAUGAGGCAGUGUUUUACAACUACUACUUCUUCUUUUUAGUGUUUUAAAAUAGUGACUAUUCUGUUUGUUCCUUUACUUUAUCGGACACUGUAUGUUUGACUCCUGGUUAAAGUAUAAUUUUGUUGUUUAAAGGGUAGUUUAGAGUCCGACUCCUUUCCCUUUGUUUUAUCCUUUUUUUUUUCUUCUUCUUUUCUCUAGGUACUGUUGAAGUAGGCUACUUGAAAGCCAAACACACUGGCAAUGCAUUAAUAGAUGUAAGUUUACAUUUUAGCCUAUAACUGAAGGUUGAGGAAUGCUUUUAGACUUUAGCUUUAUGUAGCUAUCUGUAAUGUUUGACAACAAUGAAAAUUUGUUUCAGCAAUAUGAGUUUUUGUAAACUGUUUGUAAUGUAAACAUUAAAAUAAAACCAAUUUAUGUUGUAGCCUGGAGUUCAACUAUAGACA